ACUGCAUGAAUUCUACAGGGCGUGGUCUAGCGAACGUCCUCACCCCUACAGUAGCGGUGUUGGUGCAGUUCCAGAGGAGUGUUUAUUGAUCGCUUCUCAUGGCGCCUCUGACAUUAAUACGAGGGAUAAGCCGGGACAUACUUAGUGCUGGCUGGAGGCGGAUAUGUCACCGUGGCUUCCACCGGUGCAGCACAUUGCUGACAGAUGUUCCACCGCCCAGACCUGUUACAACCACCAGUUACGUCCAUGGAACAUGCCAAACGCCGCUUAGCAGUAAUACUAUGCAGCAGUGCUUAGCGGAAACCACAUACCGACGUCCAGAUCAUGAAGCUCUUGUUGUCUUGGAGAGUGGCACACGCAAAACCUUCAGCCAGCUAAGCAAAGAUGUUGAAACUCUUGCUGCUGGUCUUUUAGCACUUGGCCUGAAGAAAGGAGAUCGGUUGGGAGUGUGGGGGCCGAAUAGUUAUGAAUGGAUCCUGAUGCAAUUUGCUACAGCACAAGCUGGUAUUAUUAUGGUGUCUGUAAAUCCAGCAUAUCAGCCUUAUGAACUCGAAUAUGUGCUUAAAAAGGUUGGAUGUUGCGCACUUGUUUUCCCAUCACACUUUAAAUCACAGAAAUAUUAUGAAAUAUUGAAGCAGAUUUGUCCUGAAAUAGAGAAUUCUUCUGCUGGAAGUAUUCAAAGCAAGACACUUCCGGACCUCAAGACUGUGAUAGUCCUGGACAAAAAGUAUUCAGGCGCGUUCCAUUUUCAAGAUGUGAUGGAAUCUGGAACUGCUCACUUUGUGCAACAAUUACAUGAUUUACAGAAAGAUUUAUUAUGUGAUGAUCCCAUCAACAUUCAGUUCACAUCAGGAACAACUGGUAAUCCUAAGGGAGCCACUUUGAGUCACCACAAUAUUGUAAACAAUGCAACAUUUGUUGGGAUGAGAAUGGGAUUCACCUGGAAUGAGAAUUUUCGCGUAGCACUCCCAGUGCCACUUUACCAUUGCAUGGGCUCUGUUUUGGGAAGUUUAAUAAUGGCCAUUUAUGGAUGUACCCUUGUCCUCCCAUCUCCAAGUUAUGAUGCAAGAAAGCUACUGGAGGCAGUCUACAAAGAGAAGUGCAACUGCAUGUAUGGGACCCCAACCAUGUAUAUAGACCUUUUGGGACAGCCAGACUUUGCUACUUAUGGAUCUACCCUCACCAGUGGAGUUAUUGCUGGAUCCAUUUCACCUCCGGAGGUCAUGAGGAAGAUUAUUAAUGAGACAAAUAUGAAGGACAUUUUGAUAGGAUAUGGAACAACAGAGAAUAGUCCUGUUACUUUCAUGGGAUUUCCACAUGAUGACUAUUCACGCAAGACUGAAACUGUAGGGCAUAUUUUACCCCAUACGGAGGCAAAGAUAGUGGACCCUUCUACAGACCGCAUUGUUCCUCUAGAUACUCCUGGGGAGCUUUUGAUCCGCGGGUACUGUGUCAUGUUGGGCUACUGGAAGGAUCCUGAAAAAACCAAUGAAGUUAUCUCCCAGGAAAAGUGGUACAGAACUGGGGACAUUGCAAGUAUGGAUAAGUUUGGAUACUGUACGAUUGUCGGUCGUUGUAAAGAUAUGAUCAUCCGUGGAGGUGAAAAUAUUUAUCCUGCUGAGAUUGAGGCAUUUUUACACACUCAUCCUAGCAUCAUGGAAGCACAGGUUGUUGGUGUGAAAGAUGAGCGCAUGGGGGAAGAGAUUUGUGCUUGUAUCAAGCUGAAUAACAACAAGGAGAUAUCAGCAGAGGAAAUUAGGAACUACUGCAAAGGAAAGAUUUCUCAUUUUAAGAUUCCGCGUUACAUUGUAUUUGUAAAUGAAUAUCCUCUCACAGUUUCUGGAAAGAUCCAGAAGUUCAAACUGAGAGAGUUAAUGGAGAAACAAAUGAAUUUAUGAAGAUACAUCAUUUUAAGAUCUUUUAACUGUGACCCUGGGACCCUUCACUAGCUUUUCUUCUGUACUUCUUUCAGAUUCACAAUUGUUCCUUUUACUUUUAUGUCCUCCAUUUUCUUUGACAUAUUUUUCGUCUUGUUUGAUUACCAGAUAGUUCAAUUACUGAAGGGAUUCCUUUUCUUUACUUUUGUUUUAGCUGAAUUGUCCUUAUUUUAAGAAGCACAUAACUGACAGUUCUAAUCAUGAUGAAAACUACAUGUUGUUUUUUUUUAUAUUCUUCAGUGCUGUUUAUUGGUUUUGGGGAAUGAGCCAUAUUUAUAAGCCCUGCCAA